AAACGUCGUCCAAGGAGAAAUGGCUAGUGUACGUUUGAGAAGCAGCAGGGGUCGGCCGCUGAAUCAUUCGGUCAGUUGUUCCCGUUUACGGAGGAUUCAGUCAAUCCUGUGCAGUGAAAACAAGACAAAGCCAGAUGGUAUCCUCUGCAUUCUUGGGAUUGAUAGCAGGUACAAUGAAGGCUGCAGUGAACUGGCAAACUACCUGCUUUUUGGACUAUACAGUGAGAAGUCCAUUGAUCUGGAGAGAUGUGAGUUCCCUGAGGAGGUCCUGGAUGAUGUAAUUCUACUGAUCAAAAGCGAUAAAGUUCAUUUAUACUGCAACCCAGUGAACUACAGUUAUCUUCUUCCCUAUGUGAGCCACUGGCGUAAUCUGUGCUUCCACUGUAUGACAGAGGCAGAGUAUGAAGAUGAAGAAGCAGCUGAAGAGUUCAAAAUUUCAAGCUUUGUGGACAUGGUUCAAGACUGCAGCCGAAUUGGGGUACCAUAUAGCUCCCAGGGGCACUUUCAAAAAUUUGACAUGUUUGUAGUGGAAAAAUGGCCAAUCAUUCAAGCUUUUGCCCUUGAUGGAAUUGGAGGAGGUGGCUUUUUCACCAUGAAACACAAGCUUAUAGAUGUCAGUGAGAAACUCUGGGAAAUUUAUAACAUAAUGGAUCCUGUUGCCUUGGAGAAUCUGCUCAAAGAGGACCUUCCAAUCUAUGAGAAGCAAUGGAAUGGAUUAUAUAGCUGUUUUGAUGUGGAGAGCAACUCUUCCAUUUUGGAAGUGUCUGAAGCACAAGCAGUUGAGCCAUUUCGCAGUUAUUUUACUCAUGGACUGAUUUCCAGCCACAUCACAGAUUCCAGUAAGAGCCGACAACCGUUUGUGCUAUUUGGAAGCCAUUCUUCUAGAAAAGACCUGAACUGUUACUCAUGUACCUUCCCAUCAGAGGGAUACCAAGUGAGAAAUACAGGGAGUAGAGGAACAGCUGCAAAGCACAUGCUUGCACACUGUGUUAUGCCGAAAGGACCCUUGGGCUGUGCUAGGACUUGCUUUUUUGGAACUACUCAUGCACCUUAUCUUGGUAAUGACAAUGGAAAACACAAAAAGACUGAUCUAAUAUUGCUGUGUCAGAUCUAUGAAGCUAUUGUCCAGUCUGUCAUAGCAGCCAUCAAGUGUUUUUCAUGCACUUUCAGUGGUAAUAAGGCAAAGGAUAUGGCAGAACAAACAUUCCGAGCCUGUUUGGAAAGUUAUGGCCUUCCACAGUACAAAAAUGAACUUGGAUCAAAAACUGUGUUCUUUGUUGAAGCUAUGGAUAAUGAAGGAAGGGCUGUUUCUUUGGAGAGUGAUGGCAGCCAAUAUCUAGUAAAAAUGGCUUUUAUGAUGGUAUAUGACAUUCCAGAUGCAUUUGGAGAAAUACUUGGCUCCCUGGUUUUCUCAGAAUCGUUCUUGGAAUCCUGUUUAUCUGUAAAUGAGCUAGAUGGCAGUAUUUCCACAGAAAGUUCUUACACUAUCCUGACUGCUUCAAUUCCUCGCUUUGUCUCAUGGAUGGCUGAAGAUAGUGAUAUACAAUUAUCAGAAAAAGCACAACAGCUAUUGAAGGGAGAAAAUGAGGAAGAUGAAUGCUAUCUUGGAAGGUCCCUUUCUGUUGGAGAGUCUGCUUUAAUUUAUUCAAGCAGUCUUCUGUCUAGUCUGGAAGAAGGUAAAAUCAGCUUCUUUUCCAAGGGAAUUCUCUUUGUAAGUUCCCAUUUUGGCAGCAUCACACUUCCCAUGUCAUUGCUGAACAAUUUAACCUUUUAUGAUGGGGGCUCAUCCAAUGCAGUUGCAGUCCUGUUUAUUGAAUACAAAAGCUGUUUCCGCCCUCAUCUGCCCUUCCAACUUCACUGUGCUUCCAAUAGUGUUGCUAUUGCUCUUUUGCCAAAGUCCAAGUGUUAUAAGGCUUUCUACUCAGAGGUUUUACCGUCAUGGAAGAAGCAGAACAGAGGUUCUGGAGUAUUUCUAAAGACUGUGCUGAGGGAACAACUCUCUGAGGAUUACAGAUUUAUGCAUUCAGUAUUACAGAAACAUUAUGAGAAUAAUUCAAUCCAAAUAAGCGAAAGCCGUUUCCAGUCUAAGUCUGGUUUGACCAUUCUCCCCUCUAUCGAAACAUUCCUCUCUCAUUUUGCUUUGAGCAGCAGUGUUGGUCACGAGCCUGUAAAGAACUCCCAUCUUGCGGCACUUCUGUAUCCAUUGCAAACAACUGUCCUUAAAGAAGAUGAGAAGAUGGUAAUUUCCAUUAUUACUGGGCUUCCUGGCAGCCACAAGGAUAACCUAUGCAACUUUCUUGUUAAUUUCAACAAAGAACAUGGCAGAUGGGUAGUUUAUCGGCAAGCCUCAGAAAGCUGUGAUAAUUUCAAUGCUGCAAAUUUCCAGCGUUACCUGUCAAGUGUCUUGGAAUCCCAACGAGGUCGUGGAGCUCGUCAUUCUGCCUUUAUCCGAAAAAAAGUGCGACUACUGAUAGUUACCCCCGGGUACACAGAUGCUAUUGAUGUUAUACAGGCCUUUCAGUCUCAUCCAGAUCCUGAUGUGCAUGCAGCUUAUGCUGUGGGCUGUGUUACAGCUUGUGUUGAUCCUCUCACAGCCUACAUGGAGCACAGGUUCCUUUUCCCCAAAUUCCUGGAGCAGUGCUGUCAAGGCUUGGUUAGUGCUGUUGUUUUUACCAGCCUAUCUUCUGACCAGAGACACCCAUUGCUGUUACAAAUUCAGCAUCUAAUCCGAACAAGCAAUCCUGAGGCAGCUUUCAUUCUUGCAGAAAAGGGGGCUGUGACACGAAAUGAAGAUGUUGACCUGAUCUUGUCUGAAAGCAGUUUUUCAGAUCCAGAGCUACUCAAAUGCCGUUAUUUGUUGUAUCCUGGAUGGUGCAAUGGCAAUUUUAAGAGUGGUAGAGUCUUUCCUUUAAUGAGCCAAGUUUGUAUACGCUUCAGCCGGCCCCUAGAGAAGCCUAGCUUUAUGGCUAGGUGCAAAGCAAUAAAGUCAUCUCUCAAAACAAGCCCUUUCUUUGGAAAUGUAUACAACAUAAGAGGGAGAGUUCGAUUUUCAGAUUGCGACAAGUUCAUGGAAGUUAACCACAACACCCUAACCAAUAGCUUAAGUUUGGUUUGUGUCCAAGAAGGCCCUUCACCUCCAUCUGGGAAGCUCGAGGGGCGGAAAGAAUCACCAGAAUGCUUUGUUAUAUUUGAUGGCUGUUGCCUAAAUGAAGACACCUUGAAGGACUGGCUCCGUCAGGGUGCUAAGCAGAAACCCUUGAAGAAGGCUCUUAAGAGACAUGAAACAUUAACAUUGCAGGAAAUCAAGAUGAUUCAUGUUAAACGUCACCUGGACCCCCUUCCAAAUGGCUACUAUUAUAAUGGAACACAAUUUGUUAAUUUCUUUGGGGAGAAAAUGGACUACCAUCCAUUGAUGGAGCAGUUUAUUGAUGAGUAUGUUAUGCAAGCUAACCUGGAAAUUGAACGCUACAAUCAAGAGGUUGAUCAACAGAAUUAUGUGGACCUCUUUGAUCCUUAAAUGGUGGAGCGGAGCUGCCUAACUGCUUUCACAGGCAACUAUUCUUCAGUUACUUUCAGCAUGUUCAGGUAUAGGAGGUGGCCCAGCAUGCUGCACCAUGGGUUCAGGUUUCAGGAGAAAUUCUUCUUUGUUUUCACACAUAACAUGCCUGUGGAAUUUUAUAUUUGCUUUCUAAAGAAUAUAACACAUUUCUUCCUUUAAAUUUCUUACAUUUACAAAGAAGAUGACUUGUACACGUUAGGGUGCAAAUUCAUGCAAAGCUAUAAUGCUGUUUGGAGGCCAGUCACAAAUGAAUCAAAAAAAGGUGACUCCAUAUUUCUCCAAGAUUGUAAUAUGAGAUCAUUUUGGCAGACCUAGGAGAUUCUGGCCCAAGUGUAAAUUGCACCUCUGCCUUCUAAAUUGUGGGGUAUUCCACAUGGCAUUUUUUUUCUUUUCAUUUUACUUGUGGGUAUGUGGGUGGGUUCGUGAAUUAGUUUGAAAAUGAUUUCAGUUUUAACAACCUUUACAGAACAUGUUUAUUUUCCUAUGUAAUGAAGCUAAAUUGAAUUUUUUCACCACUGAUAGAAAGAAUAACAUUAUUGUAUGCUUUGUUUACACAACAAUAUGGAGAAAUUCUGAGAAGUACACCGUACCUUGUCCAUUUUCAUUUGUGUUGUAAGGCACCAAAGUGAAUAACCCUCAGUUUUGCUGGUGAACAGUUUGAGCAAGUGUUCAUGAAAUUAUUUUGGGUUCCACAAACUAAACAUUUCGGUAGACACUGGCUUCAAAUGUUUUAAGUGUGAUAUGGUGUAUAUAGACAGAGGAAAAUGCCUAGUCCAGUGUAUGACUAAGAUGGCUAGAACACUAAUAAAAAGAAUAUGAAAUUUUAUUAGAUUUCUCUGAUCAAAAACACCAGUAGCCUGCAUGGCACAAGCAAUGUAACCAUCAGUUGUAAAAACAUUAAAUUUGAUUAACUGACAGUUAUGCUGUUGCUUCUGUGAAGAGUGUUAGGAGUCGAAUUAUCAGUUAUGUAUACACAUUUUUUAAGGUGUACUUGCUUUAGCCUGUAUGCCAAUCCUCCCAGUGUUCCCUUCCCAGGAGGAGAGGUAUUCUAAAAUAGUCUUGGCUUUAGCUCAGUAUGGAAGGAAACAUUUGUGUUUCCUAACAAUCCAAUAGUUUUGAAGUGCUAUUUACUUAAUAUUAAGCUUUGCUCUUGCCAAGCCGUUUUCUAAAGAACUUUUCAAGGACUGCAUCCAGUGUUUGAUCAGUCAAACGGGGAAGACUGGCAGAUAUGCUGCAUCUCUUCCAAUCAGUGCCUCCAUGUUACUCACUUUCAGAUUCUUGUGGCUGGAAACUGAAGUAUGAAACGGAAGCCUGAUUCUUCCUAAAAUAACAAUAAAUAAAUUAAUAAGCUACUACAAAUAAAAAUGAAAAGGUCAUGGCAAAAAAUUGUGCAAACCAUUGGUUGAAACAAUGGCACUUUGCUAAGUGGAGCCAAUUCUGAGCUCAGUAAAUAAGAAGAUGCCUGCCAUGAUGAAGCAGAGAUUUUUCUGAUCAAGUAUGUUUAUAAAUUGGUGAGUCUCUGAUUAUGUUGAGGUGCUGGAUGCCAUAUUCAUGGUUACUCCCAUAAUCUGUCUGCUAUGACUGUUAAAAAUGUCAGAUUAAGAUUAUGAAAGCAGUCCUGAAAGGGUCUUCAAGUGGGGAGCUCUCAAGUAAUAAGAGUUUUUUUUAUAUUAAUAUUCAAUUGCACAUAAUGUCUUGCAUGAUUACAAAAUCUAUUUAAUCUUCCUGAAUGGCCUUUCACCAAACUGGUACUCUGAAGAAACAUAUCUGGUGACAAAUUGAAUUACCUCGGUAUUGAUACCAUAUUUUUCUAAUACUGUGAAUUUUAAAAGGAGUGAAGAAAUGCUCGCAAUCUGGAGAAAAAAAAUGUAUGUCAUUUUUUUCAAACAUCUGUGCCUUGGAAAAUGGCCAAGUUUGGAAGCUUUUAGGAGAAGUGUUGUUUUGCCUUUUUGUCUGUUUCAUGGCAGAUGGAAGGGGAGCCUCUUCUUACAGUGUUGGUGAAAGGACUACUGAAAUUGAUAUUACUAUACAAGUGUUAAAUGCGGUAAUGCUGGCUAGUGGCAGAAACCACCUGAAGAUCAAAUUUAUUUCAGAAAAAUUAGACCGGUAGCAUUUUGCUUGGUGGCAUUUUAGCCCCUCCAGUGCUUUGCUAACGGACUGCAGGUCCUUCAUAAAGAUGUGGAAGAUUGGCUUUGUGGGCUUGCUGCCAUAUUUGUAUUGUUUGGCAGGUCGCCAGCUGAAUUCUCAAGUGGAUUUCCAAACUACCUGGCAUUAUCCGCACUAAUUAGAGCAAAUAAGUGUGUUGUUGUAUUGUUGGCUGGACACCAACUUGGCUUGUUACUGAAGUUAUAGGGGAAUAAAGCAUCUAUUAGUGAAUUACCCACGAAAGGGAUUCACGUGAAACUUUAAAAUCAACAUUCUGUGGUGUAAUGCAGUGUUUCCCAAACUUUAACAGUGGGGCAGUGGGUCGUCAAUAAACGUCCUGUGAAUAGCAUGUGGAAUGUCUGCUUGUGCCCCCAAUUUUCAAUUAGUUUGGGAAACAUAAAUGAAAAAAAUUUGGAAAAAGGACGACUGUUCUUUUUUAUUUUCCUUUGUGUUUUUUUUUUUUUUUUUUUGUUGUAUCUAAAAAGGAUACAAGGGCAGUUGAUGGGCCAAAUUUGGAAUAUAUGCACUUUUAAAAUAGAAUAUCUAUAUUUAUAAGGGAAUUUUUUUAUACUUUUAAAUUUGCUGCAGGAAGGCUUGUUCCUAGGAGAAAGUAUUUUUAAUAAAUCAUAGUGAUUUGGGCAAGGCUGCACCAUUUGGAGGAACACCCAAAAUUCCAAGCUGUUUUCUGUCCACACAAAAAUGUGAAGGCUAAGCAAACUGAAGCACAACCUCACUCUGCAUCAUAAUAAUAAGGUGUUUAGUAAUGAAUUACAAAAGGACAGCGGUUCACUCACAAGCAGGAGUGUUGUUGACUUGCCAGUUGACUCCCUAUAUUAGUUACAGUAUAAACGCAUGUAGUUACUUGACCUGGAUUGAAACUCAACUUGAGCACACCGCCACCUGCAGUGCAGCAUAGGGUUCCAGUUCAACAUUACCUUACAUAACACCACUCUACAGCAUUAACUAGAUUUUAUUUGGCAGCUAUCAUUUCAUCUUUGCUAAGUGUUCAUCAUGAGCUUAUCAUGACUAGGUCAGUUCCGGCAUUUGGUACAUGUACCUUGUGUUGUAUUGUGCACGUCCUUUUGACUUUCUGGCUGGACUUAGCCAUACAUCCCAACUGCCUGAUUGAAGACACUAUGUCAGGCUAACCUGUUGUCUUCUCCAUGUUUUCAAAACAUCAGUUGGUCUCUUAAGUGCAAAUGUGAACAUGGUGUUUCAAUGUCGUGUUCUGCCUCAUUGCUGAGUGAUCACGCCAGUAACUUCCUUAUUGUUAAGGAGUCCGUCCCUGGUGUGCAGUGAUGUUUUAUUCUAGACCAGGCCACAUUUUUCCCUCCCUAUGACAUAUUUGAUGAAAAUGUAUUGCACUUUUCACCUUUCAUACAUUGACAUCAAUGCUGUGAUGAAGUGACCUCCUAUAUUUUUGUCCCAACUGGCAUCUCACUGGCAGAUAUGUCUGUGUGCACUCAAAGGUAUUUAAUGGCAGGUACACCAUGGAGACAUGGCACUAAGGGGUGCUUCCUCCUGCGGACCUUCUAAAUGUAAUUAACUAACAGUGUGUCCUUUUUAUUUCUUUGCAUAAAAUUAAGUGAAUGGUAAAAAUCUAGUUUGUGACAGGGCAAUGACCGCUUUGAUUAAUAACAGAAAGAAAACCUGGCCUACAAAUCUCAAUACAAAAAAAGUAAGAAUUAUGUACCUAAAGUAAGGAAAGGUCCGGGAACAAGCCUGCCUGGGCAGUUAAGAACAAUCAGUUGUUUUGCACAAAUAUCUUAUGAAUGCCAAUGAUUUUCAUAGGCCACACAUGAGAAAAGUUCACUUUUGGCAAAUUUGCAAGCUUGAAAAAGUAAGUAUAAAAAUAUAUUCAAUUACCUCAGAACUUUUGAUUUACAAGCUUGUGAAAACAAAAAGAAAAAUGUUUUUAAAAUUAAAAAUUGGUGUGAAGAAUUCAGGAUAUUUUUACUUGUAACUUGAAGUGCCAAAACAUUUUUGUUUAUGUUUCUUUUUUUUUUGGUUUAGUUCUUAGAUAAUUGAUAAAUCUGACAAAAUUAAAGAAAAUACUUGUCUUUGCACAAAGCUACUGUAACUUCAGUUGAACUGGUUUGUCCUGUGACUGAUGCUUUUUUAACAAUCUUAUUAAUCUAUUUAUUAUACUAAGCAAUUCACUUCAAUAUAUAAAAAUAAUUGCUACAUUUAACAUUUAUUUUUGUAUCCUUUGUAGGCUGGUAUCUCUAGUCGUGUGGUGUUUUGUUUUCCAUUUUUUGUCUGCACUGAUGUUCUAACUGAUGUUCUACAAUAAAAAAAAUAAAAAUGCCA